AUGACGAGCUCGCGACCGACACGUCGAUCAACCGCAGCGUCGGCCGCAGUCGCAACUACAUCAGCCAGCGGUCAAGGGGCAGCUGAUGACUCAAGGAAGGUAGCAAGACGAUCAAGCUCCCAUCGUAGCGCUACCGCAGCAUCAAGCUCGAAUGCGAACGCCUCCACGUCUGUCGCCGCUUCGGCCCACGCUUUGGUCCCGAGCUCGGCUCGUCGACUUCGGUUAGGAGACCAUCCGGACGUGGGUGGAUCAUCUUCCGACGGUGCGGAACCGGUACUAGCAGCUCGCACCGAAGGUUUGGUCGCACGUAGACUCACGCGCAAGGCCCCCAUCUCGCCCAAAUCUUCUCGAUCGACCUCACCGCAACUGUCCGAGCUCUACGAUGGCUCGUACAGCCCCGACGUGGACGCCCCACCUUACUCGCCUCCUGACCGAUUGACGCACCUCUCUUCCGAACUGCUGGCGCUCAUCUUGGCACACCUCUCGCCCAAGACGGAGCCAGACCUGUCGUCGCUGUACCGCUGUGCGCUCGUAUGCAAGGGCCUGCUGCCCCACGUGCGCCUGCAUAUGUACCGAGAUCUCCGGAUCGAUACUCGAGUGCAUGCGCAUGCGAUGCAUCGUACCCUCCAUGGAAAUGAUGUCAACAGGGCCGUGAAGACGAUUGUAGCAGAUGUGGGAAUGAUGGCCAAGACAAGUUCCCAAUGGGUUGGUGAGUACCCGACGCCCGAGAUCAAAACCUUCGUCUCGCGCGGCUCACUGAUUCUGGCUCUCGCGUCAACAGGAUGGUUCCUGUUUCAUUCGAUGCACUCUUUAUGUGGCAUUAUUGGUUCGUGUCGCACCUUGUUGUCAUUGACGAUCUGCCUUCCCGCCGAGGCAACCGCGUGGACCCAGUCGCUCUGUUCGGCGCUCGUCGAUCUUAAAAUGCUCCACACGCUCGUCAAGGACCUUGACCCAAGUCGAGAAGGGGCACCCGGGGUCGGUCGAGCCGAAGGGAUGGAUGUCGGAUGGCGACCGCGCAAGUCGACGAGUAUGUGGAGCGUCAGCCAGUUGCUCAAACCGCUGGCCUCGUUGCGCUCCCUGACCACAUUGAGACUGUGCGGCAUCUCGUCCGAUUCAUCGACGAACCCUCCCACGGCGCCUCACCAACUGCGACUGACCGAAGUCGUCCUGAUCGAAGUCAACAUCACCAACACGGACUUGUUGCACCUCCUCGGGAAUGUCACGACGCUCAGGAAGCUUACGCUGUGGUGCUCGUCGUUGUUAUCGAAGCGAGGUUUGACGCAUGUGCUAAAACGGUGUCCGAAUCUGGUCGAGCUCAGAGUCGGAGGAAGUUGGUUCGGAGCCAAGGACGAAGGUACGCCCGCAAAAUUUGACGUAUAUUGUUCUGUGUCGCUGACCUAUUUUGAUAGAUGAUACCAACUUCCCACUCGAUGCUUCCCUUGCGAGCCUGCCUCGGCUCCGAGUCAUUCACGUCUCGGGCUCGCUCAUCUCCCCGGCGAUCCUUCUGCUGCCCUCGACCAACCUCGAGCAUCUGCUCGUCCACGGUGCACCGGCGUUCACACCUCUGGCGAUCCAUUCCGCUUUGGCAAGGAUGCGUUCGGACCCCUCACCCAUCGCGAGGCUGACAUUACCCGAGAUGGUUUUACAAGGUGAGGGGGCUCACACGAGUAGCGGUGGUCGGCAAAAGCUUGGCAGUACUUGUGCCGAUGUGGGAUGGACCGAGCAUUGGUUGUUCACCGUCAAGGCGACCGCGCAGGCCAAAGGGGUGAUUUUGGAGAAUGGGAGGGAGGGUAUGGAGGGGAGGGAAGACGACUUGGGGGACGAUAGUGGGAGUGAUCGAGGUUGA